GGGUCCUAUCAAUUAUAAUCACACAGUUUUAGACCAGCAACUAGAUUCAAUAAAUCACGCAAUAUCUCGAAUGAUCCAUCUUUAUCCACCACUUGUGUUAUGUUUUAUGUUGAAAUUUCAUAUGCUUAUCCAAAUAGCUAUAUAAUCGAUGUAAACUUAAACAUGUUGAGAAACGCCCAUAGGUUCGGAUCGUACUUGGAAAAGAAAACAUCAACUGUGUCAGCCACAUGUCAAUAUCACAUAUUCCCCUGGUCGCACCUUUGAUUAUUAAUAUUAUUAUUUUUCCUCUAACCAAUAGUAAUCUGAUAUAACUUUCUUCUCCUCCAACGUAUUUAUAUUCAACACCUUUCUCUCAAGAUCAUCUACUCAAAAUGGAUUCGAGAGACGCUGGAGAAACUCAUCAGGCCAAGUACAAAGGCAUCCGACGCCGGAAAUGGGGAAAAUGGGUAUCGGAGAUUAGGGUUCCAAGAACUCGUGAACGCCUCUGGUUAGGCUCUUUCUCCACCGCUGAAGGCGCCGCCGUAGCCCACGACGUUGCUUUUUUCUGCUUGCACCGACCAUCUUCCCUGGGCGAAGAAGUUUUUAACUUUCCUCAUUUGCUUCAACCUUCCCUCGCAUCUUACACGUCUCCUAAGUCCAUCCAAAAAGCUGCAUCAGACGCCGGCAUGGCCAUCGAUGCUGGAUUCGCCGUUAAGAAAGACGGUGUGAAUGGAGGCGGCGAAUAUAGAUUAUCCACGGCGAACAUGGCGGAAUACAGCGAAAGGGAAGCGUUGAGCAUCUCCGUGUACGAUUAUCUACUGGAUGACGAUCGCAUGUGAGCACCUUAUGUUAGCAAUUAAUAUUGGAUGUGAAUACAAUUUUUUUUACUUCUUUUAUUUCCCAACGUGAGUUUUCAUUUCGCAUGCUUCUUUUUUCAUGAUGUAGUUUUCAUCAAUAAAAAAAACAAAUUCUUUUAUACGUUACACGGUUAAUUCAUAAUUCCGUUACAAAUUUGUUUGUUUGGUUAUGUGUAAAUUUAAAUUAAGUUCCUCUAUAUUCAAUGAGUGAUCCAAGAUAUUAAAGCCAACAGACUACAUGGAGUCGAGAUAUUAGAAUAGUAAAGUAAAAUCUGUUAGAUUAUAUGAUAAAACUUAGGUUGUGCACCCAUAAUUAAUAACCCAGGUUGAUUCUUUCAUGUCAUUAAUUUGUUUGCUAAAAAUGAGGAAAGUUAAAAUGAGGAAAGCAUGAUUAUGAUUAUAUUUUCAUUUUAUUCAUAUUGAUAUUAUAAAUAUAUCAUAUUUUAUUUAGUAUAUAUAAAUAAUUUUGGUUCUAGGAUGUUUUCCUUGUUUUUCAUAUAACUAGGUUGUUUAAGCUAACACUAUUAUUCAGUUUUUAUUAAGUUCUUGAGAAAAUAUGAUCUAUCUGUAUACAAAUAUCUCCAAAAGGGUGUAUUUAAAUUGAUUUGUAUUAAAAUGACACACUAUUCAAACUUAACUUUUUUAAAAUAUCAGAAUCUAAUAUUUUAAUGAAUAUUUUAGUGACUUCAAUUUUUUUGAUAACGUUUAGUUAAAAAAAUACAAAUAUUUAAGUCCUAUAAUCUUAGAUAAAUUGCAUUAUAGUACCAUAACAGUUUUUCUAGUUCACCUUAAAUCAUUAAAAUUCAAAAAAUUCCAAUUUUCAUAAUUUGUUAAAGUGAAUUGAGUCAUUCUCGUAAUCAUUUUUACUAGCUAAUUCACAUUAUAUAUGUAUAUAUAUUAUAUCUUAUAUAUUAGAUAUAUUAUAUAUUAUAUAUUUGCAAUUUAUUACGUCACCUAUUCUAGAUAAAAAUAAUAAUAUUGUGAUCAGAUUUGAAACUAGUCCUACUUUUGACCACAUAAAAUUACAGCUCCAAAUAUUUGAAAAGUUUUAAACUAAGAUUCUGAAAUGUCUGGUAUGAAAUAUCUAAAUUGCAAGGUCUAAUAUUAAUAAUGAUGUCAUUAUAGUACUUGACAGGCCGAAAUCUAUAGAACACUUGUACACGCAAACCCAAAGUGUGAAACAAAUCACGACAAAAAAAUUGUUUGUCUUGUCGAAGCGAUAGUUCCUAGGAGUAUUGCUCUGUUGCUCAUGUAGUUGACACCA